AUGUUGCUCAAAUCAGCUCUGGUGGCUGUGUGCGCCAUCUCCUCCGCAUGCGCUCUGCCAAGCUGGGGUCCUCCUCAUGGUCCGUCAGGCUUCCACUGGGGCAACGAGAAGAUCCGAGGAGUCAACCUAGGCGGCUGGCUGGUCCUCGAACCCUGGAUCACUCCGUCAAUUUUCCAGAACUAUCCCAAGGAGAACGGCAUCGUGGACGAGUACACCCUGUGCGAGAAGCUGGGCGCUAAGCGCGCAUACAAUGAAGUCCUCCGGCCGCACUGGGACAGCUGGGUGCAGUUCAAGGAUUUCCAGAAAAUCAAGGCUUCAGGAUUCAACAUGGUCCGGAUACCCGUCGGCCACUGGGCGUACAAUGACCUAGGGCCGUAUGCGAGAGGGGCAGCGCCCUACAUCGACAGAGCCAUCGGCUGGGCCAGACAGACAGGACUGAAGGUCAUAAUCGAUCUGCACGGUGCUCCCAGAUCCCAGAAUGGAUUCGACAACAGCGGCCACAAGAUGGAGACGCCACUCUGGACAACCGGCGACAGCGUCAAGAAAACCUUAGCAGCCUUGAAAAAGAUCCAGACUAAAUACGGCGCUCCCUCCUACAACGACGUGAUCGCCGGUAUCGAGCUGCUCAAUGAACCCAUGGCCACCUCUCUCGACUUUAACACAGUCAAGCAAUUCACGCGCGACGGCUACGGCCAGCAGCGCGCCGCCUCCCAGUCGCGAGUGGUCGUUUUCCAAGACGGCUUCAAACACCCCAGCGACUAUAACGGCUUCCUCACCCCCUCGGACCACGACAGCCAAUGGGUCGCCAUCGACCACCACGAAUACCAAGUCUUCACCGACGAUUUUGUUGCCAUGCAGCCCUGGCAGCACCGACAGGCCGUGUGCAACAAUGCCUGGGCCUACUCGGGCGCGGACAAGUGGACGUUUGUGGGCGAGUGGUCGGCUGCGAUGACCGAUUGCGCGGCGGCGCUGAACGGGUAUGGGGUUGGCGCGAGGUACGAUGGAACGUACCCCGGUUCUAAGCACGUCGGGAGCUGUGAAAAUAUCAAUUUCAUCGAGACCUGGAGUCAGCAGUUCAAGGACGACACAAGGGGGUAUAUUGAGGCGCAGAUGGAGACCUUCGAGGCGCGUACGCAGGGAUGGGUGUUUUGGAACUUCAAGACGGAGGGGUCGCCCGAGUGGGAUGCUUUCAGGUUGAUUGACGCGGGAGUGUUUCCUCAGCCUCUGACGUCGAGGAAGUUUGGCGCCAUUUGCGACAACAACUAG